UCCCUCCCUCCGUGUACUCAGCCAUCAAACCGGACAUCUACAUACACCUACACUCUCACCACUACACCGUCGCAGAAAUGUCCGCUACCGCAGCCGUCACGUCCUCAGCCGCCGUCGUCAGGCCGGUCAGGAUCUCGUCUCUCUCCUCGAAAUCACCCCUUCCGUCGGCCUUCUCCGUCGCAUUUUCCACCCCGGGGCGCGAAAUCCCGCGGCGGCGGCUCGUCCUAGUGACAUGCUCCGCCGGAGACGGAGGAGCGAAGCCGACGGUUCUGGUGGCGGAGAAGCUCGGCGAGGCUGGGGUCAAGCUCCUGGAGGAGUUCGCGAAUGUCGACUGCUCGUAUAACUUGACCCCCGAGGAGCUGAACACGAAGAUCUCGCUCUGCGACGCGUUGAUCGUGCGGAGUGGUACGAAGGUCAGUCGCGAGGUGUUCGAGUCGUCCCAUGGACGGCUCAAGGUGGUCGGACGCGCUGGCGUCGGGAUCGACAACGUGGAUCUGGGCGCCGCGACGGAGUUCGGUUGCUUGGUCGUCAACGCGCCGACGGCGAACACGAUCGCUGCCGCGGAGCACGGGAUCGCGCUUUUGGCGGCCAUGGCGAGGAACGUCGCUCAAGCUGAUGCUUCCGUCAAAGCUGGAGAGUGGAAGAGGAACAAGUAUGUAGGUGUUUCCCUUGUCGGAAAGACACUUGCAGUGUUGGGUUUCGGAAAAGUCGGAUCAGAAGUUGCUCGACGGGCAAAGGGACUCGGUAUGCACGUCAUUUCUCAUGAUCCAUACGCCCCUGCGGACCGAGCACGAGCCCUGGGCGUGGAGCUAGUUAGCUUCGACGAAGCCAUUUCCACCGCGGAUUUCAUCUCAUUGCACAUGCCUCUUACUCCCGCUACAUCGAAGAUGCUCAAUGACGAAACCUUUGCCAAGAUGAAGAAAGGGGUUCGUAUCGUAAAUGUCGCUCGAGGAGGUGUCAUCGAUGAAGAUGCUCUCGUAAGAGCUCUGGAUUCUGGGAUUGUCGCUCAGGCCGCUCUUGACGUGUUCGCGAAAGAGCCACCGCCUCAAGACAGCAAGUUGGUUCAUCACGAGAGGGUAACCGUUACACCUCAUCUCGGAGCCAGUACAAUCGAGGCCCAGGAAGGAGUUGCUAUCGAAAUCGCGGAAGCUGUAGUCGGAGCUUUGAAGGGAGAACUCGCUGCUACUGCUGUCAAUGCACCGAUGGUUCCUGCUGAGGUUCUCACCGAGCUGAAGCCAUAUGUCAUACUGGCCGAGAAACUAGGAAGACUGGCGGUGCAACUAGUAGCUGGGGGAAGCGGUGUAAAGAGCGUGAAAGUAACCUACGCCUCGGCACGAGCCACCGACGAUCUCGACACGAGGCUUCUCCGAGCAAUGAUCACAAAGGGAAUCGUCGAGCCGAUCUCCGACGUGUACAUCAACCUUGUCAACGCCGACUACACCGCCAAGCAGAGAGGCCUAAGAAUCUCGGAGGAGCGAGUCCUCUUGGACGGGUUGCCAGAGAACCCCCUCGAGGCCAUCACGGUUCAGCUUGGGAACGUGGAGUCGAAAUUCGCGAGCGCGUUAUCGGAUUCAGGGGAGAUCAGAGUGGAGGGAAGGGUGAAAGACGGAAUCCCGCACCUGACAAAGGUCGGAUCUUUCGAGGUGGACGUGAGCUUGGAAGGUAGUAUCAUACUCUGCAGGCAAGUGGAUCAGCCGGGCAUGAUCGGGACGGUCGGGAGAGUCCUCGGGGAGGCGAAUGUGAACGUGAGCUUCAUGAGCGUGGGGAGAAUCGCCCCGAGGAAACAGGCCGUGAUGGCGAUCGGGGUGGACGAGCAGCCGAGCAAGGAGACUCUGAAGAAGAUCGGCGAAAUCCCGGCGGUCGAGGAAUUCGUCUUCCUCAAGCUAUAAGCUCUUUUGUUCUUGCUUCAAAAGUCUUCACAAGUUUUGGUAAUGUUCUGUGAGCGAGUGCUUUUGUUGUGUUGAGAGGAACGAAUGCGAAUAAAGCUGCUUUUGGAGUGAUUCAUGUUUUACCCUUUUGAUUUUCUCUUUCAAAAUAAAGUGUUGCUUUUUGGAAUA